GCAGGCUGCUGCGGCCGCUGCUGGCAGUUGGAAGCGCCGGAAAGAAGAGCUGCUGUUGGAGGCCGCGACGCGAGAGUCAUGAGCGGCCUGGGCGCGGUGCAACAGAAGGUGCCGUGCCUCUUCGUGACUCAGGUGAAGGAGGAGCCCUCGGCCAAGAGGGAGCGCCAGCCUUUUAAAGUGUUGGCCACUGAAAGAAUUACACAGAAGGCAUUAGAUGCAGACAUACACAGUGCAAUUCCAACUGAAAAGGUGGAUGGAACUUGCUGUUAUGUAACUACACACAAAGGGCAACCGUAUCUUUGGGCCCGGUUGGAUAGAAAACCCAACAAGCAAGCUGAAAAAAGGUUUAAACGGUUCUUGUAUUCUACAGACAACUGCAAAGGAUUUACUUGGGAUAUUGAAAACGACUUCAAGCCUGUCCCUGAAUCCUGGAUUCCAGCAAAGGCAAUAGAGUACUACAACGGGAAGCCUUUUCCUGAUGAAAAUGGACAUAUUCCAGGUUGGGUGCCAGUGGAGAAAAACAGCAAACAGUAUUGCUGGCAUAAUUCUGUUGUUGACUAUGAGUUUGAGCUAGCUCUUAUACUGAAACACCACAGUGAGGAACCUGGUCUGCUGGAAAUAAGUCCAGUGGCCUUGUCUGAUCUUUCAGAGCAAACAUUAGAACUAAUUGGAACAAAUGUUAAUGCAAACCCAUAUGGUUUAGGAAACAAGAAACAUCCUGCACACCUUCUUGUACCACAUGGAGCAUUUAAGAUAAAAACUCCACCUGCAUUGAAUCACAAUGACCUGCUUUCUUGGUUCAAUGGAUGCAAAGAAGGGAAAAUUGAGGGAAUUGUAUGGCAUUGCAGUGAUGGAUAUUUAAUCAAGCUCCAUCGACAUCAUCUUGGCUUGAACUGGCCAAUUGUGGACCCUCAUUUGGUUUCUCAACCAGUUGUUGUUACUUUCAGUGGGGCCAAACAUGACUAUAAUUUUGAAUCAAAGACACUUUUUAAUUACUUUUCAAAGCUGGAUGGUCAAAGAUUCAAUAGUCUCAGAGAUAUAGAAUGGGAACUGUGACAAGAUUUCUGUAAAAAAUAACCCUUUUGAUGACAGUUCAUUUAUUUAGAAAAAGAUAAGAAUGUAAAAAAGGGUCCAAUUUUGUUCAAAUGUAAAUAGUAUUUAAUCUCUUCAAGGCCAUGUGUAUAUAAUAUUGCUGUUCAUGUAGAAGAGCCAUAAAGCAACCUAAACUAUCUUGAAUACCUUUUACAAUUUAGUCUGAAAUAUCUGAGACACAUUAUUAAAGCAGCAAGGUCAGGUACAUGGAGUGCCAUGGUAUUAAUUGCUGUACAGGUAUUUUCAGUUAUUGUAAUAAUUGAUGUAGAGUGUGACUACAAGUGACUUUCUUCACGUGGAGAACACUAGAUGUUUCUUGCAAGGUUAC